UGCGACGCAGGAAUCUCUGAAUCUCAUUUCAUAGAUAACAUCGAAAUAUCGAAUGCAUGGCUUCGUGCCGUCUUAAUUUUACUCCGAAUCUCUGGUCUCCGUCUGAUUCGCCGCGUCUUUCUUCCACAUGUCAACUUCAAACCCCAAUUCCUUCUCACUCUCACUCCUCCCACGCCACCCUCAAGCAUUUUCUUCCCUCCAAAACCAGUAAGAUCCCCUCUUCCACCGCUCGGCGGCGUUGCUCUGAUGCUGUAAGGUCUCACAUGACCAUGGAGGAGAAGCCGAUUUCUGGGGACAAAAUGCUAGUUUAUGUGCCUCCGCAUCCGUUGAUCAAGCACUGGGUUUCAGUUCUGAGGAACGAACAGACUCCUUGUCCCAUCUUCAGAAAUGCAAUGGCUGAGCUGGGAAGGCUACUACUGUAUGAAGCUUCAAGGGAUUGUCUGCCAACUGUUGCAGGAGAGAUCCAGUCACCGAUGGGUGUUGCCUCCGUCGAAUUUAUAGAUCCAAGGGAGCCUGUAGCAGUAGUUCCCAUCUUGAGAGCUGGUCUUGCUCUUGCAGAACAUGCAUCAUCAAUCUUGCCUGCAACAAAAACGUAUCAUUUAGGAAUAAGCAGAGAUGAAGAAACGCUUCAGCCAACUAUAUAUCUGAACAAGUUGCCUGAUAAAUUUCCAGAAGGAUCUAAAGUGUUUGUGGUUGAUCCUAUGCUUGCGACAGGUGGUACUAUAGUGGCAGCUCUCAAACUCUUAGAGGAUCGUGGAGUUGGCAACAAGCAGAUUAAAGUGAUAUCUGCUGUCUCUGCCCCACCGGCCCUGCAGAAGCUGAGUGAGCAAUUCCCUGGCCUUCAUGUGUAUACCGGAAUUAUUGAUCCUACUGUGAAUGACAAAGGGUUCAUAAUUCCGGGCCUUGGAGAUGCAGGGGACCGUAGCUAUGGUACCUGAAAUUAUCUCAUCUGUUUCCGACCCAUCGUUGGGUGUUAUCUUUGCAAUUUUGAUGUAAUAUUUAUUGUGGCUACGCAUUAUUUCCAGCAAAAGCAGCUGAGUUUCACGUGUUCCAUCAGUGAUCAGUGGCCCUUUUUCAAUUUUAUUUUUUUAUUUGUUGAAAAGUGGGAGGCGAAUGUAUAGUAUUGUGUCUGAAUUUGACUCUUACAUCAUUCAUACCACUCGUUCACCAAAUUAUGCUAGCUACAAGCUUACGCUUCUCUGUACUGCAAGACGAAAAAACUUGGUAAAGCUCUUUGUUUUUUGG